GAAGCCAGACGCAGGCCGGGCGGAAGCAACCCGGGCGGGCUGGGCGGCGGGAGCGCGGGUGGGCUUUUAAAGGGACCAGCUCCGCCUGAGCCCGUUCGCCGACGGGGACUUCUGAUGCAUUCUACCCCGUCGCGGUGCCAGGCCAUGGCCAGACCACCCGCCCCGGGCUCGGUGAUUGUCCCAGACUGGCACGAGAGCGCCGAGGGCAAGGAGUAUUUAGCCUGCAUCCUGCGCAAGAACCGCAGACGGGUGUUCGGGCUGCUGGAACGACCAGUGCUGCCCCCACCCGUGGCCAUCGACACAGCCAGCUACAAGAUCUUCGUGUCUGGAAAGAGCGGCGUGGGCAAGACAGCACUGGUGGCCAAGCUGGCUGGCCUAGAGGUACCCGUGGUACACCAUGAGACCACUGGCAUCCAGACCACCGUGGUAUUUUGGCCAGCCAAACUGCAGGCCAGUGACCGUGUUGUCAUGUUCCGCUUUGAGUUCUGGGACUGCGGGGAGUCUGCACUCAAAAAGUUCGACCACAUGCUGCCGGCUUGCAAGGAGAAGACAGAUGCUUUCCUCUUCCUCUUUUCCUUCACUGACCGUGCCUCCUUUGAAGACCUCCCUGGACAGCUGGCCCGAGUAGCAGGCGACGCCCCUGGUGUUGUCAGGAUGGUCAUCGGCUCCAAAUUUGACCAGUACAUGCACACUGAUGUGCCUGAGCGUGACCUCACGGCCUUCCGGCAGGCCUGGGAACUGCCCCUCUUUCGGGUGAAGAGUGUGCCGGGGCGGCGGCUGGCAGAUGGGCGCACGCUGGAUGGGUGGGCUGGGCUGGCCGACAUUGCCCACGUGCUCAAUGGCCUGGCGGAACAGCUGUGGCACCAGGACCAGGUGGCAGCUGGCCUGCUCCCCGACACCUCAGAGAACUCCCCCAGCUGAUCUCUACUCCCAACCGUGACGCAAGGCAGAGGGCAGGACCAGGUCCUAAGGCUGAGGCAGGAACGUUGACCUCAUCCUGAGGACUGGCCAGAGGGGCCUGUCAGGAGGAUGAGGAGGCACCUUCCUUGCAGAAAUCACAGCAGUGAGGUGGGGACACGAGGCUCUGUGCAUCAGUGGCCUAAGGGCAUCCGGGGGCCCCCUGGCCUUCUCCCUCCACCUUGGAGGGUCUGGGCUCUGGAAACUGAGGAAGUAUAGGGGCAGAGCCUCAGGACUCAAGCUUCUCCCGCACCCCCCACCUGCUGUCCUCCCAGAAAGGGCGACUGGAAAGGGGGGGCAUCCCAGCUGGACCCCAAGUGACUUCAAUCAAGAGCCUGUAUUCCUUGAGGCAACACCAUCUGCUGUUUCAGAUAAACCCUGAAAUCUCAGUGGCUUUACUCUAUAGAAAUGUUUUCCUUGCUCAGCCUCACUUCAGCUGGAAGUGAAGGGAUCUGGGGGCUCUGCUGAAUGAACCCUGACUCUGAGGUCUCUAACACAUGGCUUCCCGGUUUGCCCCGGGACAUCAGCAUCCAGUCAGCAGAGGGGGAGUGACUGCGAGUGGAGGGUCACCUAGGAG